GACGUUUUUUCCCACCCACCCUUCCCCACCCCUCCCCCUUCAGUGAGAAUCAUAAAGGAGAGCCGUGUACCCCAACUCCACACAUCUGCAGGACCUUCAGCGUAUGCACAGACCGUCAAAAAUGGGAUGUGAUGACAUCCGGAUGGGUGGGCAGAGCCUCCUGCUGCUCCUCCUGGUUUGCCCGAACAGGAUAGAACUGGCUGAAUUGCACCACUGAGGGUUCAUCAUGUCUGACAAACCAGAUUUUGCAGAAAUUGAAACGUUUGAUAAGACCAAACUGAAAAAGACUGAAACUAGAGAAAAAAAUCCAUUACCUACCAAGGAAACUAUUGAACAGGAAAAGCAAAACAAAAACACACCUUGAAGUUGAAUCAGAAGAUAUGGCUAACAUCUCCUGCUAUGGGGUUUUACGUUCUACAUUUUAAAAAUCUGUUCUAAGUUGAUGUAUUCUGAUUUUUCAGAAAUAGCACUUUUUUUACUUCCCUCCCCCGUAUAUUAAAACAGCAAUCGGUUUUAAAGAAAUCAAAACACCAUUUAUAAUUUCCCAAAGACACUGCAUAUUGUGUAUCCAAUAUAUAUGUGAAUUUGCCAAAAAUGUAUCUUUUUGUUGUUUGUCAACAGAAACUAUUAUUUUCAUAUACUAUCUGAUAUGGAACCCCACA